UAGAGAACUUAAAAAAUCUUCAAUAUAAACAAAUCUCCUCCACACUUCACUCUAUUUCUCCUUCUCUCCCCAUUAAACUACUCCCAAUUGGAACUCUCUCUCUCUGAAUCCUCUGCUUCUCCGCCGGGGCGAUGGAGGAUCAGCUGCGCCAGUUCGUGGAAGAAACUUCGUGGUACAACGACCUCGUUCUCGGAGCGGUGCUGCCGGAGAAGUGGUGGGCCCCACUCCCCCACUUCUACAGAGGCUGGCUACGGAACUACAUUGGCGGCACCUUGCUCUACAUGGUCUCCGGGAUCUUAUGGUGUUUCUACAUCUACUACUUAAAGCGCAAUGUCUAUCUUCCUAAAGAUGCCAUUCCUACUAGAAAAGCCAUGCUUUUGCAGAUAAAGGUUGCAAUGAAAGCUAUGCCAUGGUACUGUGCUCUACCAACAAUCUCUGAAUACAUGAUUGAACGUGGAUGGACUAAAUGCUUUCCAAGAAUAAGCGAUGUUGGGUUUGCUGAAUACCUCUGCUAUAUUUGUGUCUAUCUUAUAAUUGUGGAAUUUGGAAUAUACUGGAUGCAUAGAGAGCUGCAUGACAUAAAGCCUCUCUAUAAGUAUCUCCACGCCACGCAUCACAUAUAUAACAAGCAAAAUACGCUCUCCCCAUUUGCUGGUCUGGCCUUCCACCCACUUGAUGGUAUACUGCAGGCAGUGCCCCAUGUGGUAGCUCUCUUCCUGGUGCCAAUGCAUUUCACGUCGCACAUAGCCCUUCUGUUCAUAGAGGCUCUGUGGACUGCCAAUAUUCACGACUGCAUACACGGGCAAAUAUGGCCGGUAAUGGGUGCUGGCUACCACACGAUUCACCACACCACUUAUCGCCAUAACUAUGGCCACUACACAAUAUGGAUGGACUGGAUGUUCGGAACCCUACGUGAUCCACUGGAAGAUGACGCCAAGAAGAUAUAAUGCCCGUUGCUGUUUUUAGGGUCCUAGUAUUAGUUCUUCUUUCCUUUUGAUGAUUCAUCAGGAAAGAAAAACUAUCUUUUGCUUGCAUGCUUCAGAUGUACAUUUUGUCAAUUACUGAUUGGUUUUUCUUUUCUAGAAUUCGUUCUAGAGUAGGGAAAAAAUGUGAAAUUUAUGAGACCUUUUAUUCGUAUUUGUUUUGUUUCUAUAUUCCAGACACCUUUUAUUCGCA